AUGUUGGUAGUAAAGAGGCAGCAUCCGAAUGAAUUGCAGAAUUCCAAUCUUAUUCAAAAACAACGAUGCCUCAAACAAGUGGCUAUGACAUUAAAGGAAAUUGUGUUCUUUUUCGAAAAAAAUGACACUGUCUUCAUAGUCAUGAGGAGAAAAAAAACAAGGGAAAAACACUACAGUAAAGCGUUUGCAAUCACUUCGGAAGUUAAUAUAAGAUAUAUGUAUAAUCAUGUGAUCAACUCAGCAGAGUUGCUGAGUUUUCGACGUGUUAACGAAGAAGUUCGUGAAGAACUCCUCAACCUUUUCAAAGAUGAUCGAUCGAUAAAUCCAGACUAUGACUAUACUACAAAGCUUUUUCAAGAAUAUCGUAAGGCCACGCUUAGAAGUUGUAAUGGUGAAUCAAUGUUUGAACGACUAGCAGAAGUCAUUAAAAAUUAUAAUGAUUCAGAUCAGGGAAAGGUCAUUUUACAAGCAUAUGAUGCACGCAUAGGAAAAGCAUUUAUCCUUUAUAUUGUGACCAAUCUCAUGAGCCGAGUGCAUGAAAAAGUUCCCCAAGCAGGAAAACUUUAUUAUGUUAAUGCAUCAGCUUCAUUUGAACCGUUAAACACUUUAAUCACCCUUCUUUAUACUAGUUGCGCAGUUGGAGCUCUUCCUUUUAGGUUGUUUAUCAUGUUGGAUGAGCUUGAAGUUACUUUAGAAAGAGCGAUGAUUCAAGUGUGGAGAGAAAUGCCCUGGAGCUAUGUUACCAAAAGGGAUUUGCCUUUUAUAAAAGAAGAUCGUGCAUCUAUUAUGGUAAAAAUGAAGAAAAUUAUUUAUGCUGCUUCGAGUGUGGAAAUGGAUACAUGCUAUUAUGAAUUCAAACAAGAAUUCUAUCAUACUUACCCUCAGUUACAAAAACACUUUGAACUUCUUUGGAAACGCCAAAACUUCUGGGCUCUUUCUUAUCAUAUAGGAUUGCCCAUACGUGGAAACAAUACAAACAAUUAUGUCGAAAGGAGCUUUGGAAUAUUGAAGGAUAUUGUUUUUGCAAGGACCCAGGUCAUCUAUGUAUUGCGAAACGGUUCUUAUGUCCCAGUUAGGAACAAGUUAAUACAAAUGAAAUUCAAGAGACAAAUGAUAUCUGGUGUUCUGUGCAAGCAUCAAGGAGCUGUUUCGGUAAAGUUUGGCAUUUCAACGUUCAAUUACAUUCCAUCGUUGACGCUGGAUGACCACAUACUUUAUACUUAUAUAGCAUUAGGUUAUGUUGCUAAGGAUAGGUCUUUCUAUGCAUCAUUGCAUGCACGGCCCACUUCACAAAAUCAAAUCUUACAUGCUAAAAUAGGAACAUUGGAUAAUAAUUUGAUUAUCGAUUGGGA